GGACGUGCCAAUGCAGGUAUUUGAAGCAAUAGAACCCAUUUACGAAGAAUUAAGCCGUGAUGAACUUUUAAUUCGAUGUUUGGGCGGAUUUACGCAAAAUUCAAACGAAAGUUUUAAUUCCAUCGUGUGGUCAAUGGCGCCAAAGACCAUUUCUAGUGGAAAAACUGUGCUUGAUACAGCAGUAUAUCUCGCCACUUUAUCUUUCAACGACGGUUUCUCUGCAAUAAUGAAAGUAAUGGAACAAUUAGACAUUGUCAUUGGCUUAAAUUGCUACAACUUCUGCUGCGAAGCCGACGCCGAACGCGUUAAACAAUCAGAACGCUCCCUGACAGAAGAGGCUAAAGAGGCUCGCAGAGAAUUAACUUCUACUAGGAAGGAUGAAGACGAAGACAAUCUUCAUUUGGAAAGCCAGUUGUAUGGACAGUUGUAUAAUCGCAGAUUAGAGGUGCAAAAUUGCGAUCUGUAGCGCCCGAUGCGAUCAGCGGAAAGUCAAAUGCUUUACUGCAAGAGCUGAUACGCCGCCAUUUUGUUUUUAAAAAAUCUGAAAAAAAUUUUUUUACGUAGUUAAAGAUAUGUACUUUCAUAUGCACCAAGCCGCUUUUUAAUAAAUCUUUUCAUUCUUUCAUAAUAAAUUCCGAAAAAUGACCCUACUUUUUCGGCACACAAGGUGUCAU